AUGGCACUCUACGAGGAAGAAUACGAGACCGCAACACCGCUAAUCGCGUCGCUUCUCUGGGGUCUUCCGGACGAGCCAACCGACGCUCUAUUGAAGCAAUUGAAGGCCCUCAACACACAGAUUCGAAGGAAAAACAGCCACUCCAAUCGUCAACAGAAUGAAGGCCUAAUUGACGUUGAUUUGCUCCCUCUACUGAGGAAUCAGAUCCAAGAAGCGGCCAAAAGCGACAAAGGACCAGAUGAAAAGCUGUUUCUGCAAACGCAGACAGACUUGUAA